AGUGGAGCGUUCCAGGGCGAGGUUGGGUUGGUCCAAGGGAGAAAGGAUAGGGGGGAAGACAUCCGGGAGAAGGCUUUCUUCGAGAAUGAUGCUUUUCCUCUCCGUGAGAACUAAUUUCUCUUCAUCUGUUUAAUACUUAUAUACAUUCGGGAGCCUGGGAUUCUAGUUAGUUCCAGAAGCGAAGAGGAGGAAAUCCCUCCUCCCUCUCCGCCGAUUGGUUGAGUCCCUUUUGCCCCACGCGUUCGGAACCUUAGCCUAAGUGGGCUCAGAUUGCUUACCUGGACCGGGGCUGACUGGGGAUUGGGAGUUUCAUGGCUCCGAGAGUCGAUUCCCCGCGGCUCGUGCUCUUGUUCAGCGGCAAGAGGAAGUCCGGGAAGGACUUCGUGACGGAUGAGUUGCGGAGCAGGCUGGGGACGGACGUGUGUGCUGUGCUUCGACUCUCUGGACCCCUCAAGGAACAGUAUGCCAAGGAGCACGGGCUGGACUUCCAGAGGCUCCUUGAUGCCAGCAGCUACAAAGAGGCCUUCCGGCAGGACAUGAUCCGCUGGGGAGAGGAGAAGAGGGAGGCAGACCCAGGCUUCUUCUGCAGGAAGAUUGUGGAGGGGGUCCCCCAGCCUGUCUGGCUGGUGAGCGACACUCGGCGGGAGUCGGAUAUCCAUUGGUUCCAGGCCUCCUUUGGCGAUGUGACCCAGCUGGUCCGGGUGGUGGCAUCGGAGGAAAGCCGGCGACAGCGGGGCUGGGUGUUCACAGCAGGGGUGGACGAUGCUGAAUCAGAAUGUGGCCUGGACCACUUUGAAGCCUUUGACUGGGUCAUCGAGAACCACGGCGAAGACCGGAAGCUGGAGCAGCAGCUGGGGAAGUUGGUGGACUUUAUCCACAGUAAGCUGCAGCCCUCCGGCUGCGAGGAGGGGGCUGGGGGCGACUGAGCCCCCUGAGGACCGCAGGGGCCGGGGGCUGUUCUUGUGUCUCUGCGCAGGGGGCGAGGGCGGAAUGUGGGCGUCUGGGCAGACCACCUGGCGCUUCUGGAUCUGCCCCCCUGAUACAGACGGGAAUUCCUCUUAAAGCGUCGGGAUGAAGUGCAUUGGCUGUGAAGACCAGGGAAAUAUCUGUGGUCUCCAGGCGAUGGUUUGGGGUUCCUGCGAUGCCAGAGACGUUGGGGCCUCCCCCCAGAGCUCCUGAGACCCUGUGGUGUAGACGGGGAUGUUGGUUGUGGUGAUGAGGACUGAUAUUCCUAAACUGUAGAGAGUGGAGGGCGCAUGUAACUGCUAGGCUGGCACGAUACCCUCUCCUUUAGGGUCAGGUUAGGGCUGGGGAAUGGGGUGAGGUGGUGGGGUUGCCCUUGUUAAUGGUUGGCGGGUCCUUCAAUCUUUAAGUGUCCCAGAGUCAAGCUCCCAGGUGUAGAUCUGUUGUGGGCUUUAGUGACAUGAAGCACGAGGAUCCUUGAAGAUACUUUAAAAAAAUUAAAUUUUAUUUCAUUUUGAGAUCCCAGUUCUCUCCCUUUCUGCUUCUCCCUUCCUCCCACGGAGAAAUAAGAACCAAAUACAAAGUAUAGCCAAAUAAAACCAAGGUGUGUCCAGAAAAA